CGCCGAGUCCCACCUGACAAUCCGACACCUCCGUCAAGACCGGCAGACGCGAGUUGCCGAAAUACCCGUCCCCGCCCGAGGCCGAAGUACCGCCCCUGCCGGCGCCGCGCACCCGGAGCCGCCCUCCCCUGGCCCAUCAUUGGCCAGAAGCCACGGCGAGGGGGUUCCUGGGUAAUGUAGUUCGCGGCGCGUAAGCAACGACGCGGCAGCGGAGGUGGGGUGGGGGUCCCUUCUCAACCCCCUCGGCAGCGACCCAGCGGCACCGCGAUGGGCUCAGGGUAAUGAAGUCAUAGUUGCCUGCGGACGCCGAGCCGACGAAAGCUCGGACGGGGCGAAGAGGGGCGGGUUCCGCACCGACAGAGGUGGGGCUUCGUUGUCGCCACUGCGGUCUUUUUCUUCCCUCCUGGGGCGCCGGCUCUCCGCGGCUGCAGGAAAUAGAGGUCGGUCCGGGGCCGCCUUACCUGGAGGCCAGAAGGCCCGGAGGAAAAGAUUGUGGGGUCACCCCUGGAAAACGGCUCCUUCUCCCUGAGCCUCUGUUUUCCCGACAUUUUCGAGUGCGAGAGUCAGCCCGAGGUCACUCCGCUUGGUGGAGUUUCGGAGGUUGGCCGAUCCCGCAAGGCCCGCUUGGGUCACCAGCCUCUCUCAGCCCCGCACCCGCCCGCAGGUUCCAGUGGGGUCGGCAGCGUCGCGAUGGACCCGGCGCAGCCUACCUGUUGGCUUCCUGACUCAGCAGUCCCAUUGUUGCAGAACUCAGUGACAUUCAAGGAUGUGGUCAUGUACUUCUCCCAGGAGGAAUGGGGGCUCCUUGAUGUGGCUCAGAAGCACCUGUACUGCGAUGUGAUGCUGGAGAACUUCGAGCUCAUGACUUCACUGGGUUAUUGGCAUGGAGUGGAGAAUGGGGAGGCCCCUCCCAAGCAGGGUAUUUCUGAAAGAAUGCCACAGGUCAAGUUCUCUGGCAGAUCCUUCUACCCAGAGGGCUAACACUUGUGACAUGUGUGGCCCAUUUUUGAAAGCCAUUUUGCUUGUGGCUGAGCAUCAAGGAAAACAUCCUGAAGAGAAACCCUUUAUGUGUGCAGCAUGUGGUAGAAACUUUUGGUUCAGUACAAAACUUCACCAGCACCAGAAGGAACACAGUGGAGAGAAACCCUUUAUAUGGGACAAGGACUCGUCUGUGGAGAACUCUACAGUCUACUUGUCAGAGAAGCCCUUCACUCGCAGGGAGGGUGAAAAUGACGUGCUAGACAGCCAUGACCUCUUUCAGCACCAUGCCAUUUAUAGUGAGGGGAAACCACACAGGAGCACGGCGUAUGUGGAGGAUUUCUCAUACAACUGCUUUUUUGGGCAGCUCCCCAGAGUCCACACCACACAGAAGCUCUUCAAGUGCAGAGACUGUGGAAAAACCUUCCUGAAGAGUUCUGCCCUCCUGAACCACCUGAGAACUCACUCUCAAGGGAGAUUCAUUAGAUACCCAGCAGGCAGUAGUUCCUUUAAGCAGAAAUCAACCCUUUUUUAUCACCCAACAUUUCACACUGGAGAAGCAUCCCACACACGUAAGGACUGUGGAAAGAUUUUUGGUCACCCAUCUAAACUGAAGAAGCACCGGAAAUUUCACAUUGGACUAAACAUGAGUGCAGUGAAUGUGGGAAAACCUUCAGCAACAAACUCACACUUGUUCAUCACCAGAGAAUUCACACAGGAGAAAGGCCUUACGAAUGCAGUGAACGUGGGAAAGCCUUCAAUAACAGAUCACACCUGAUUUGGCACGAGAAAAUUCAUUCUGGAGAAAGGCCUUUUAAAUGCAACACAUGUGGGAAAGGCUUUAGCCAAAGCUCCAAUUUCCUUUGGCACCAGAAAGUUCAUACCCAAGUAAGGCCUUAUGAGUGCAGCCAAUGUGGAAAAGCCUUUAGCAAUAAUUGUAACCUUGCUCAACAUCAGAAAGUUCAUACAGGAGAAUGACCUUUUGAGUUGCAGUGUAUGUGGAAGAGACUUUAGUCAAAGUUCCCACCUCCUUCAACAUCAGAAAGUUCACACUGGAGAACGGCCUUUUGAGUGCACUGACUAUGGAAAAGCCUUCAGCAAUAGUUCCAUCCUCAUUCAGCACCAAAAAGUACACACUGAACAAAGGCCUUAUGAGUGCAGUGAAUGUAGAAAAGCCUUCAGCUGCACCUCCAGCCUGAUUCAGCAUUGGAGAAUUCACACUGGAGAAAGGCCUUAUGAGUGCAACGAAUGUGGGAAAGCUUUUGCUCACAGCUCCAGCCUCAUCGAGCACUGGCAAGUUUACACAAGAGAAAGGCCUUAUGAGUGCAGUGAAUGUGGUAAGUUCUUUAGCCAAAACUCCAUUCUUAUUAAACAUCAGAAAGUUCACACAGGAGAAAGGCCUUAUGAGUGCAGCGAAUGUGGGAAAUUCUUUAGCCGAAAGUCCAGCCUCAUUUAUCACUGGAGAGUUCAGACUGGAGAAAGACCUUAUGAAUACAGUGAAUGUGAAAGAGCCUUCAGCAAUAACUCCCACCUGGUUCGUCACCAGAGAGUUCACACACAAGAAAGGCCCUAUGAGUGCAGCCAGUGUGGGAAAGCCUUCAGUGAAAGAUCCAUACUUGUUCGGCACCAGGUAGUUCACACCAGAGAAAGGACUUAUGAAUGCAACCAAUGUGGAAAGAUCUUUAGCCGUCUUUGCAACCUUGCUCAGCAUAAAAGGAUUCAUACCCCAAAGAAGCCCAUGAAUAGUCUGUGAAAAAAACCUCUGAACAAGUCAACCUUCAUCCACCAGAACACCUACCUCAGAGAAAUUACCUUCUUGUAUCAUUAUUGUGGAAAAACCUGCAGAAGCUCCUUUACCCUUUUUAAGACCAACCAAAAAACCUGGGCAGAGCUAUCUCACCCCUGGGGUAUAAGACAGAAAACCACAACCUCUCUCCAUCCUGGCUGAAUCCAAAUAUCUGUAGCAGUCAUCUCCAUGUGCACAGCAAAAAGUUCCCUGUAUGUCCUCCCCCCUCCUGGAGGGAAUCGGGAUUGUCCUGGACUUACUGAAAAUGGCUUCUUUCCCAUGGCUUCCAAGAGAAGCAGUGAAGUGGCCCAGUGCUGACCAAGGUGUCUUGAGGGGUGUCCAAUUCAGGCUUCUUGGGAAUAUGGUCAAGUCUGUAUGUAAGCUCCAUGAGAUAUAUAGUGAACCUGCAAAUGAUCCUGCCCUGGAACCAUCUACUUUGGUCUGCUCUGUAUUGUUUGAAAAUAAAGACUUUCUGGAUUCA